AUGAAUUUCUCAGCAUUCGGUGGCCCGUUUUCGGGCAUCCAUCAGUUUGCGGCCAAAUUUGGCAGCAAUGAUGGUGCGUUUACCAGCACAAACACUCCCGGAAAUGGGACGACGGCCGCCAAUGGAGUUGGGCUGGGUGCUGCCACCGGUAAUGGGGUAGGCAGCGGUGUGGCAUCGGCAGGUGGUAAUAUUGGACAACAGCAGGACCUGAACCGAUAUCAUGGUGCUACGAAUGGAAACCAUUUCAAUCAGAACACUACCUCAAUGGUUAAUACACCGAUGUCUUACGGGCAAAACAUGACACAUCCUUACGGGGGCGCAAAUCAGCAAACUACCAACGAUCACACUUUCGGCAACGGUACCGCCUCGAUGGGCAACGAUCACCAGACGAAGGUCACCAAAGGUGGCAACGUGCUGAAGGUGGAUCGUGACGAUAUGAUCAACCAACAGAUCCUACAGAACGUUAACCAAUCCUGGCAAACACUAACCAACCCAUCGAAUACGGUCGAUUACUCUUCGCACCUGCUGUCGGCCACGCUGCCAAUAUCCAUACAACACCUCCUGAAGUACUCCGAAACGAUCAAGAAAGAACCGAACAGUGGGUCUGUCGCCGGUUCUGGACUCAACUCACCCGGGCCGCUCAGCGGUUUGAUCGGUGUGGAAACGAACGCUUUCAAUGUGCAGAAGGACUUGCUGAGCCUGAAGAACGGUUCGAAUCUUAAUCUAGCGCUCGGCAAUGUGGCGGUCAGCGCAGCCGCCGCAAGCCUUGGCCUAAACCAUCAACACCUGAUGCAGCAUCAUCAGCAGCAGCAACAACAUGCCGCCAACGCUCACCACGCGGACAAUGGGUUCGUUGGCCAGCAGCAACAAACGUCACUGGCCAUGGCAAAUGGUGGCCAAAAUGUGGUCAGUUCCGAUGCGCACAAUUCGAGCAGCAGUACGAUAAACGGUGGUGCUGGCGCCAAUGGAGAUGAAGUGGUCGGAUCUACCCCGGCAACGGGAGCCGGCAACGGCAAAACUAAAACGAAAAAGCAAAAGAAACGUAAACCACCGAAGGAAAAGAAACCACGCCCGAAGCCGGGCCAGAUACGGGAAACGAAGGCACUCGAUGGUUCGCCACUGUUUUGCUGUCCCGAGUGCCAAAUGGCGUACCCCGAGCGGGGCUUGAUCGAGCAGCACGUAAUCUCGCACGCGGUCGAACGUCGUUUCGUCUGUGACAUCUGUAACGCUGCGCUGAAGCGCAAGGAUCACCUCACACGGCACAAACUGUCGCACAUUCCCGAUCGUCCACAUAUUUGCAGUAUUUGUCUGAAAUCCUUCAAACGCAAGGAACAGUUAACACUACACAUCGUUAUACACACGGGAGAGAAGAAGCACAUUUGUGGCGAGUGUGGUAAAGGAUUCUACCGUAAGGAUCACCUCCGUAAGCACACCCGUUCCCACAUAGCACGGCGUGUAAAGUCUGAAAUGUCCGCUUCGAAUGGUACCGGCAGUGGUAACGGUUCGGCGAAUGUUAACGCUGCGCAAAACAAUAGCACCCUGGCCGGUUCACUGAUGGCGACCAAUAUGCAAGGUGCACCGGUAACGGCCUCCUGA